AUGAGACAAGAUGACUGUAGAAUUACCGAAGAUAUACUUCUAUCGAUAUGUAGAGCGUCCGGACGGGUUCAUAAGCCUCAUGAUGUGAUGAGAGUUUUUCAAAAAAUGAAGGAGUAUGAAUGUGAAUCAACGUUAAAAUCUUACGUUGCGGUCCUUUCGAUUCUUGUCGAUGAAAACCAGUUGGAGGUAGCUUUAAAGUUUUACCGGUAUACGAGACAGCUCGGUUUUCCUCUAAGCGUUCCUUCGCUUAACGUCUUGAUUAAAGUGCUUUGCAAAAAUAGUGGAGCUAUAGAUUCAGCGAUCCGAAUCUUUCGUGAGAUGCCUAAACACGGGUGCACACCGGAUAUGUACACGUACGGCACUUUGAUCAACAGUUUAUGUAGGAUAAAGAAAGUUAACGAAGCGAAGGAGCUUCUGAAGGAGAUGGAGGUUAACGGCUGUUUGUUGGUAAUCGAACAUGCGAAUCACAGGUUAGAAUAUAAAGAAUUGAGAAUCAAAGAACAAUAA